CAAAAUUUUGAAAUUUUUUCGAUAAUGAAGUGAAAAUGUACAUCAGAAAUUGUGAAAAUCAGCCGUGUUUUUAAUAAUUUUAGUGGAGUAUCCUCUCAUUCCAUCAAUAUUCUUGAUUCUAAGGACAGGUGACCUUGAACCACCCAUUCGCCAUGCGCAAAGGAAGUCCUCACCCCCGCCUCCUCAACGAGGUGAUGGAGGCGAUCGCCAAGCUCAAAGAAUUGGAUGGGUCCACCCCCAAGAAAAUCAGCAACCAGGUGGAGACGAUCCUCACCAGGAAGAAGAAACAGUUGCAGCGCGACGCUGGACAGAUCAAGAAGGCUUUGAAACAUGGCGUUCUCUCCGGAUUGAUCACCAGAGUCAAGGGAAAAUACAAACUGGGCCUAGCGAAAAGAGACUAUGACGUUUACAAAAACCUGACGCCCAUGGUGGCCGAUGGAGAGAUCUACAGGGAGCACAAGCGACGAGGUGGUAGGCGAAGCAGAAGGAGAAGGAGGAGGAGGAGCAGGAGAGGAAGGAGGAGGAGGCGCGGCGACUUGGAGGAGGACAGUGAAGAUAACGUGUCCGAGUUGAGCGUCGAUACGACUUCUUCAUUGGAUACUUCGAUACCAGAAGACAGGAGCAGAAGACGUCGCAGGAAGGGAAGGAGGAGGGGAAGGGGAAGAAGCGGUAGAAGAGGUCGCAGAGGUCGAAGGCAUACUGAAGAUGGAACGAAAAGUGCAGAGAAGACGUCCGAGGAUAGCAAGCAACCCAAGAAGGUCGAACGGAAAUCGUCAAACGAAUCUGUGAAGUCCACGGAGAGCCAACAGGAGUAUAGCAGGAGCAAACAUGAUAUAAAUCGAGAUCCGGAUGAGAAUAUGGAUGAUCUGCAAGACGGAGUAGCUCAUGUCAAUUGUGACAGUCCGGAUUGUCUCUGCAAUAUCAUGCAAUCUGAGCAAAAUACCCACGAUAAUCGAAAAACGAAAUGAUGAUCAUGUCUUCCUGUGCUGAUUUUUCGCAUUGUAAAUUGUCGUAAUUAUAAUAAAAAAUGUCUUGUCUUGAAAUUAGAAAUCAAGAUUCGAGAAUAAUAA